CGCUCAUGCAUUCGCUAAACGUUUUAUCUUAAACAGCUUUCUGAAAUAUUUGCAUUCUUCUACUAAAUUUUACUUAUUUAAUUCAACGAAUUGGACAAGAUGUGCUGUUCGAAGCAGAUAUAUGUAACUUUUAUUCUGUUGUAUUAUGCUGAAUGUUUUAAUGUAGAAUUUAAGACGCUCUCGACGGUUUAUCUGCCUUUUACAUAUUCGCCGACGGCGCAGUACGCGCUUGACAAAGAUGCCGCAGAGCAGAUGGCAUACGAUCCUGUUUCCAAUAUCAUCUACUCAGUUGGUCACUCAAACCUUCACGUUAUUGACAUAAGUGACGUGCACUUUCCAAAAGUGUUAUUUCACAAGUCUUAUGAUAAUGUUGAUGGCACAGACGUUGAAGUAUGUGGAGAUCACGUGUUUGUUGCCUUUGACAAUGAGACUGUAAGGGAAGAUGGCUUUGUCGAUGUCUUUAAAGCGUUUAACAAGUCAUCAAGCUCGCUAGAUCUGAUUCAUCACAUUGUUGUUGGAGACAUCCCUGAUAUGAUUCAUCCCAUCAAAGACUGCAGUAAAGUUAUUGUUGCAAUUGAAGCAGAGCCAUACAUUGAUACAAUCCACGACAGACUUGUUGAUAACCCUGGUGGAGUUGGCGUCAUAACGUUCACAGAUUCCCCAUCCGGAGACUACAGCUACAAUGUGGUUGACUUUAGAAAAUUCAAUGCAAGAUUCACGGAGUUGGAAAAGACCGGGGUCCGUUGGAUCAACAGAGAAAACAACACGUUUGCUAACGAUAUUGAGCCAGAAUACAUCGCCUUUAAUGCUGAUGAAACUAAAGCUUAUAUAUGUUUACAGGAGAAUAACGCAAUUGCCGUGUUUGAUAUGAAAACUGAACAAAUAGAAGACAUUUUAGGACUUGGUUUCAAAAACUGGAAUUAUUAUACAAUGGACGCAAGUGAUAAGGACGGAGGUAUACACAUGCGACCUUGGCCUGUGUUUGGUAUGUAUCAACCAGAUUCGAUCAAACACUACACGCACCAAGGCGUUGACUACCUUAUAAUGGGUAAUGAAGGUGAUUCCAAAGAUUAUGGACCAUAUUUAACAGAGGAAAUUCAAGUGAAAGAUGUCGAACUUUCAUCAUUGUUUGAGAGCAACGAGACUAUCAGACGUGAGAUGCAAGAGAAAUCACAAUUAGGACGGUUAAAGGUCGCUGCUGGGGACGGAAAGAAUCGUGAAACUGGAAAAUACGAUAAACUUUAUGCAUUUGGUGGAAGAAGCUUUUCUAUAAGACGUGCGGACACGAUGGAACUUGUGUAUGACAGUGGUAUUGAGAUCGCUCACAAAACUUCGUUACUGCACUCAAAUUUAUUUAAUAGUGGCUAUAAGGAGGGACAUCUGGUGGCGGCCUCAAUGGAUAGUAGAUCUGAUAAUAAGGGCCCGGAAACAGAAAGUGUAACAAUGGGACAUUUUGGAGAUACAACCUUGUUGAUGAUUGGUAAUGAAAGGCCUGGAACAAUUGCCGUAUACACGAUUGAUGAACGUUUGUCUGAGGUAGCACCGACAUUUGUAACACUUCUAACUGGCAUCAACAGAACUGAUGAUACCUGGGACAACCUUUAUAAAAAUAGAGAAAUCAGUAUGUUAGAUCCCGAAGACAUCAGGUUUAUACAGGGUGAAGAAAGUCCAAACGGAAAGCCACUUCUGUUGGUCAGUGGAAGUACAAGCGGCACUGUAUCUAUCAUAGAAGUGAAUGUCGACUUAUCAUACCAGCAAGAUGACCCUGUAACUGCCCAGAUUCGGAGCAGCGCCUCGUUUGUCUGUCUAUCGAAAGUACUGUUGGUUAUAUAUAUUGGACUUUUCUUGUGGGGGAGAUGGGAGAGAAACUUGCCCGUGUAGAGGAGAAUAUGAUAGUCAUUGUUUCUAUUCAUAAGGUGUACGAUGUUCUGGUGCCUGUACAUUUAUAUUUUGUUGUCUAAGUAAAGUUACUAAAGAGUUUGGUAAAGGCUCUAUUCGGAUCAAACAACGUUACAGUAUAUUCACUUGUGCUGUGAAAUGGAUUAUUCUUAAACUGAGUUUCAGGUCUUUGACACUGAGCACAUCUGUAAAUUAGCCAAACAUCUAGAUUACAGUUAGAGACUGGGCCAGGCAUUUUGAUAACACGUGAACUAACUGAAAUACACGUUUUGAAUAAUCUUGAGUUAAUAGUUGUUUGUGCAGUAGAGUGUAUUUGUUUUCAAGUUGAUCUCAAAAAUAUUGUAAACCUUUGUUACAUAAUGAUCUCUAACUUGUGAUUAUAUCUUGUUAAUAUAAUAAUUUGUGUUGUUGUUGUUUAAAAUAAGUAUAAAAGUAUUCAUUUUUUAAAUGAGUAGUGUCAUGGGAUAUCAAGAUAGAAAUAUACGUUUAACUGACUUUUGGAGCUGUUUCAAUGUUAGAGUGAACAUUUUGAACAACUUCAUCCCAAUCAGAGAGUUUCGAAUAAAUCAUUUUCUGACGUUAAUAAAUUAUCAUUUUGAGAGCGACAAAAGGUAUUUAAUAUUAUACCCUAUAAAGGCUGUUGUUUUUUGUAAACCAUUUUAAAGCGUCUCAUUCAAAUAAAUGUUUUCAUACUUAAAGUCAACGCCCCAAAUGAACAUAAAAAUAACAGAUUUUAUAGAUAUAUCAGCGUGCAUUGUAAUUCGAAGUUAUUUACAGUGAUACAUUUUGAGAAUUACUAGUAUAUGUAAGGUGCUGCAAAAUAUUUACUAUCUGACACCACAGACCUAAUGCGUGACUAACUAUAUCUAAACAUACUAUAGCAUGUAUGUGUUCUGCAUAGGGCUCUGUCAUUUAUUUUUUCAAAGCAAGACGUAAUGAAUCUUGAGGCGUGUCUCCUUGAAGGCAAAAAUACAAUCUAAGUCCCUUGGACAGUUUGAACGACUAGCUGUAAAAAUGCAAGGACUGUUGUUUUUGUGUAAAAUAUUAUUGCUUGUAUAUAUUCAUGUGUUUAAGUGACACUUAAAUAUCCAUUGCUAAUGUAUUUACUUGAUAAUAAAGUAUAAAAAGCAAA